AGACAGAACAUGGCUGACCUGUCAGAAGACCAAUGAGGGAAAGGCCAAAUUUUGCAUAAUCGAUCUCAAUUUUUUGGUCUUUUUUGACAACGGUUGACCGCCGCGGACAACAUUUGACCCGCUUUUUUACGAGAUGAGUGGGGUGCCGGAGAGAAUGGCAAAUGGUCCCAGCAGGAGUGACCAGUUUGAGAGAGAUGCUCAGGUCUGGGAGAGGCCUUGGACUCUUGAAGAGAUGCGGCAGAGCAGCGCCAACUGGUCCCUGGCAGCCGACUCGGGGCUCUUUCUCUUCCUCCAAGACUUCUCCCAGAGAAUGCUGUCAAAGACACACGACAUCGAAAAGCAGCUGGACAGCCUGAUCCGGGACACCAAGGCUACAGAUAGCUGCCUGCACUCCGUCUUUAACGACUUCCUCAUGCUCUCCAAUACCCAGUUUAUAGAAAAUAGGGUGUACGAUGAGGAAAUAGAAGAGACUCUUCCCAAAUCCGACACUUUAGAAAAGCAACCAGAGCAGGAGAAAACGCGAGAGCAGAAAGAAGCAGAGCUGAUCCCCAAGAUGCAGGAAGCCGUGAAUUUCGGCCUGAAAGUGCUGGAGUCAGCGUUUGAGCAUCUGGACAUCAAAGCAGGAAAUUCUGACUCAGAGGACGAGGAGACGACGGACAGAGUGGAGGCUAUACUAGAGCCCAAGGAUCUCUAUGUGGACAGACCGCUCCCUUAUCUGAUUGGUUCCCAGGCUUUCAUGGAACAAGAUGAUGUUGGACUGGGUGAUCUAUCCAGUGAUGAAAUGUCAGUUGACAGUGACAGAGACAGCGUAAUCGACAGUGAAGACGGCAAAGAAGCAGUCCAUUCAGAUGAGGACUUCAAUCAAGAUGAGGAUGAUGAACCGAUCAAUAUUAAAAAGAAAUCCUCCAUGAUGAGUUAUGAUGAUGAUGAAGAGGAAGAAGAUGAAGAUUCUGACAUAUUUGGAGAAUCGGAUAAGGACGACGACGAUGAUGACACAAAAAACACAGGCCCAUCAUCCUUUGCAGAUGAGCUUGCUGCCCGGAUCAAAGGUGAACCGGUGAAUAAACCUGAGGCAGACCGUGCCUCAUUGGCAUCUAAGAAGAAGAGCAAAGGCAGAAAAGAGUCAAAAUCUUCCAAACCGCAGGCAGCCGACGAGGACAGCGACGACAUGUUCAAACCACCAAAAAUGGACGACGACGACGACUUCUCCCCAUUCGGUGGGAAGAGCGGCCUCUUCAGCGGAGGAAGAGGUCUGUUCGACGACGACGUCGACGGGGGGGAUCUUUUCUCUGAGGCGCCAAAGCCGCUGCCGCCUCCCGAAGAGAAAAAAGCAGCGAGUGAAAGUACGAAAAGCACAGCUCAAACUGCAGAAGCCAGUAAACCUGGAAAGAAGAUUCCUGCCGGUGCGGUGUCAAUAUUCCCAGAUAACAACCUGUUCAGUUCAGGGAACGAGUCUGACCCCGAGGAGAGGAAAGAGAACGGGAUUACAGCUCCCAAGACGAACACCAUCUCUAAACAGGUUGGUGGCGGUGGGCUGUUUGACGAUGAAGAGGAGGACGAUGACUUCUUCGGCAGCAAAACCCUGAAAAAGGCCGAUUCAGCUGCACAGGAGAAACCCAAACCCACCAAAGCUCUCGAUCUUUUUGAUGACGAGGAGGAUGAGGAUGGUGAUAUCUUCAGUAGCAAGUCCAGUGUCCCUGCACCAAGCCAGAGCAAGACAGAGGCAGCAGGAGCACAAGUUAAAGCUCCCGAGAAAAAGAUGCCAGCGGGGGCUGUGUCUCUGUUCGGUCCUGGCACUAAAAGCUUGCUUAGCGAGGGCCUGAAAAAACGCCAGUCGUCUACCAGCGAGGAGUCUGAGAAAUCUGAAGAGAAUGGUCCACCUCCAGAUGUUGGGCCAGCUGCUGUCAAGACACACGUACCGGUGACCAAAGGGCUCUUUUCUGAUGAUGAAGACAUACAGGUAUUUCCAACAAUCCCUAAGAGCCAGUCUAAGCCUGAACCUACAAGCCAGAGAAAAAGCAGCAAGGCCACUCUGUCUUUAUUUGACGACGAGGAAGAAGAGGAUCUGUUUGCAUCUGCAGCCAAAUCUAAACCAAAACCCAGUCAAACUAAAGCCUCCACGCCACAGCCCAGCAAGACCGUGUCCCUCUUCAGUGACGAUGAGGACCAGUGGUUAAACUCUAAAAGUACUGAAACAAAGACAGGAGGGAUGAAAGCCAGCGUCAGCGCGCCGUCCAGCCUCCAGAAGCCUCCGCCCAGCACCAAAACGGCUCCCAGGAGCAGCCUUUUUGACAAUGACGACGACGACGACCUGUUUGCUCCAACAAAGGAGUCAAGUCAGAAGAAGCCCCAGAGGGUCGCUCUCUUGUUCGAAGAUGAGGAUGAUGAUGAUGAUAAAGGAUCCCUCUUCGGCACCAAACCUGCUGUGAACGUGAACACCGCAGCGCCAGCUAAAACGCCUGCUGUAAGCACUAAGCCGAGCUCACAGCCUCAGAAGAGCGAGGAGAUUACAGCGUCUGAGACACCAAGAGAUAAGUCCGACGAGCAAGAGAAACCUGCAUCCGAUCCCCCUGAAGUAUUACCAAAAUCACAAGCCCCAGAGAGCAGUGAGAGUAAGAAGAAGCCUGCUGGAGCGGUCAGCCUCUUCGGAGGCAUCGACGUUCUCGCCAGCAAGCGGACCAAGAGCCCAUUGGAGGAAGUGGACCAAGAUAACAUUUUCAGCUCUAAGGAUAGCCCGCCAUCAACUGUAGAAGAGGAGAAGGAGGAGAAGGCGAAAACCAAUGCCGUCAGUCUGUUCGACGAUGAGGAGGAAGACGACUCUGACUGGAACGAUCCGAUAUUCACACCCAGUAAACCCACAGCGAGAAAGACGCAGAAGGUGGCGGAGGAGCGACCGCAGGCAAAGAGCACAGGUGUGUUCCAGGACGAGGAGCUGCUGUUCAGUCACACGCAGCAGAAGGACAACGACCCAGACGUCGAUCUUUUCGCCAGCUCAGGGAAACCAGCAAGCUCGAAGCCCAGCACAGCAAAGCCAGCAGCACAAAGUUUGUUUGCGGACGAUGACGAGGACGACCUCUUCAGCUCGCUCAAACCAAAACCACCUCCUCCGGAAGUCCCAGAAAAACCCAACAAACCGAAUGAAAAAGCCCCAUUAGCGAGUCCAGAGCCUUCAUCGGAGAGUCAGAAGCCUGCAGCAAGCCCUGUAAAACCUAAAGAUUCCUCAUCAAGGAUUGGGAAACUUCAAGCCAGUUUAAUGAUCAACCCUGCUGCGUUGCUCCCUGGUGCUGCUCCCAGCAUGCCAGGGUCCAGUGGAAUGGGUCCCAGUAGUUCUUCAGGGGUGUCCAGCUCCAGCCUGAGCCCCAGCCCUUUGACCAGUCCUGCGGAGCCACCGCCAGGCAGCGAGGGAGGAGUGAGCUUUGACGUUCCCGUCCAGGUCUCAACGCUCCAGAGUGCAAACAAGAGUCGGACCAAAGGUUCUGCACAACGCCGACCCCAGUCCAGAGCAGCGAGACAGCAGGCAGCUCAGAAAUCUCUGCAGGAUAAAGACGAGGCUGGAGGUGGGGGGCCAAAAUCCGGUCCGUCUGGGUCAGUUUUACCUCCUCCAGACAAAUCCAGCCCGACAGAAGUCAGUGCAACAUUACCGAACAAGCCUACGUCUCCAGCCAUUCCUCCCUCCGCCUUGUCUCAGCCUUCACCCCCCCAAAGUUUCACCAGGCCUUCAGAACUCCCUCUGCCAGUCUCAGAAAAUGCCAUCAAGAAAGACUCUACUAAAAACGGCAAAGAUGCCAAGGGAGCGCAGUCUUCUGACGAGGAGGAUCUUUUUGGCUCCGACAGUCUGUUUGGGGCGACCGCCAUCACUAACUCAGCUUCCGCCAGACCAGCCAGCAAGACGACGCCUCCUCAGGCCAGCAGCGGGGCGGGGCUGAAGAAAGACAAGGACACAAGCACACUCCCAUCCAUUUUUGAUGACAACACCGAUGAUCUCUUUAAGAAGGUCAAGCCAAGGUCGGUCACUAAAAAAGCUAAGGCCUCUGCCUUUUUGGAAGAAGACGACGACGACGAAGACAUAUUUGGCCUGAGCAACAGCUCCACUCCCACACCUACGAGUAGCAAAGAAAUCAAAAGCAGCAGUAGCUUGUCAAAGCAGGACAUCUUUCAGGAUGAAGUAACCACUGUGCCUAAAGCUCACAAGAAGCACAAAGAAAAGGCCCUGGAUGCCAGCUUGUUUGAUGAUAACAUAGACAUUUUUGCCGACCUGACAGACACUUUGAAAUCCAAACACAAGUCCAAGACAAAGGGAGAGACCAAAUCAAUAUUCGAUGAUGAUAUGGAUGAUAUCUUCUCACCAAGCACAGUAAAACCAGUGGUGAAGGCUCCCCAUAAAUCAAAGAAAACAGCCCCACCCCAGGAGACCACCCCAGCGUCAGAGUCAAGCAGCAUAUUUGAUGAUCCUCUCAAUGCUCUGGGUGGAAACUGAACUGUUGUAGCAGGAUUUGUAAAAAUGUGGAUUCAUUUAUUUGCCAUUUGGAUCACUCAAAGAUAUCGGAUACACUGUCGAUAGAGUAUUUAUUGAGAUAAAUUCAUAUAAAUACUGUGGCUUAUUUUUGGCAGAGAAAGACACAAAUAAAAAAAAAUUUUCCAGUCAUAUUCCAACAUGUCCGAAAUCAUAAUGGUAUCAUAGUUAUUAUAUCCACUUACUCUACAUUGUACAUGAUAGCACUUUACAAGCAUAUCAUAUGCUUUGCCUCAAAGCUGCAGAAAUUAAACAGUUUUUUUUUUUUUUUUUUUUUUUUUGUAUGUUUUGGCUUUGCCAUGCGAGAUUUCAUGUCUUUUGGUUUGUGCCAUAUCAUGUUUAAUUAAGAGAAAUUGUUGUUUACUUACAGUCUUAGUCUUUUUGACAUUGUUUUUAUUAAGAAAUUCAUCCAUUUCUUAACUUUGGCUGUGAUAAAGAAGAAAUUCCAUUUUUAAUAACUAAAAAGAAACAUAUUUUA